AUGACUUCCACAAGACAGACCAGGUUAGAGAAAACUCUGACACAAGCACACAUCACCUACACACAUGUGGGAGUUAACAGCGCAGACACCAUUGUUAACGGAGAACCCCAUAGGUGUGAGGAAAGAGUCAUCCAGGAUGUGAAGCUAAGAAUAGAUCUCAGAGACGAGCCUAUGCCACAUGCAGAGAACCUGUUCACAGACGGCUGUUGUUUCAGACACCCCACCAACGGGCUCCAAGCGGCCUACGCAGUGGUGGGUCAAAAAGCUGAGGGAGGUUUUGAGGAAAGAGCGGCAGAAAAAGUAACAGGGAAAGUCUCAGCACAGUUGGCAGAAGUAAUGGGAGUCAUUGCAGCAUUGGAACUAUCAAAAGAAAAAGAUGUAAACAUCUAUACUGACUCAGCAUAUGUCCAUGGUGUCAUACAUGUGGAAAUGCGCCAGUGGAUGAGAGCAGGAUUUGUAACAUCCACCAAUACCCCCAUCAAACACGAGAAAGAGAUCAAAAGGCUUGCAGAAGCAGUAAUGUUACCCAACAAGCUAGCUUUACUCAAGUGCAAAGGUCACAGCACGGCAGAUAACUACUUGACUUGGGGUAACAAUGCAGCAGACAAAGCAGCUAAAGCCAAAGCAGGGUAUACACCCCGGUUUCAAAUGCUUGUUAAAAAAUCUGCUGACUUACUGCCCGCAGUAACAGAUGAUACUCUUAAAGAAGCUCAAGCAGCAGGGUCACCUCAAGAUAAGACAGUAUGGUUAAACAGAGGAGCUACCAACAAAGAUGGGAUAUGGUACUCCCCAGAUGGGAGACCAGUGAUACCCCCAGGAUGGGUAAGAUCAAUGCUUAAAGAAGCACACGGCCCAACACAUUGCGGUAAAACUCAGAUGAGCAGACACCUGACUCACUGGUGGCACCCUUACCUACCUGACAUGAUAGCUAAUCACCUGGAAGAAUGUGUAAUUUGCUUAACCCACAACAUCAGAGCUACUGUAAAACCACACCAGGGAAAGUUCCCUUUACCUAAGAUGGCAGGAGAAGAAAUCAUCAUUGACUACACUGACAUGAUUGAUAAAGUAAGAGGGUUCAGGUAUUUACUAGUUGUGGUAGAUGCAUACACAGGUUGGCCAGAAGCUAUGCCAUGCAAGAGAGAGGAUGCAGACUCAGUGAUCAAAUUCCUAGUCACGCAUUAUAUUCCAUUACAUGGGUUUCCUAGGAAAGUGAGGUCAGACAAUGGCAGCCAUUUCAAGAACCAUGACCUAAGCACAGUAGAACAGUCCUUAGGACUAAGACACAGUUUUGGAGCAGUCUACCAUCCACAAUCGCAGGGAAAGGUAGAAAGAAUGAACCAGAACAUCAAACAGAAACUCAGCAAAGCAUGUGAGGAGACAGAUAUGAACUGGCUAGAUGCCUUGCCUCUGGCCCUCAUGUCAAUCAGAAGCUCCAUUAACAAAGGGACAGGUUUCUCCCCAUUUGAGCUGACACAUGGCCACCAAUUCCCGGGCCCAGGAGCCUUGAGCGUAGGAAAGGAAGUAGAAGAGAUGAGCUCAAAACCAUAUUACCGGCAACUUAAGGGCCUGGUAUCAGACUUCUCCACAUAGGUUGCUGAUGCCAAAGGGGGACCCGAAAAACACGAAGCCAACACAGCAGAUUACGUCUGGUUGAAGGCCAUCAGGCCUAAGUGGCUCAACCCCAGGUUUUCCGGCCCCUACAGAGUGACUCAAAGGACCUCCCAUGCCGUCCGCCUAGAUGGAAAGGGAGACAACUGG